AUGGCCUCGUUUCCCAGCAUAGUAAGGGAUCUAACCAGUCAGAUGGAGUCCGAAGCAACCCCAGCCCCGCCGGAGCACCAACCAGCUGUCGGAGAGGCCUCUGCCACGAGAGAGGAGACGCCUCAAGUAACCGGCACUACGGGAGGUAGCCCUAUGGUCGCCAUGACUAUGGAAAACCUGCAGGCACUCUUGGCGAGCGCUGUCCAGGAGGGCUCUGUUCGCGCUCUAAAGGAGCCCGAAGCGGCGACUCCCAAAAGAAGGAUGGGGGAGAUGGUGGGGCGAGGGAACGAGGGGCCCGCCCGCGCAAGUUCUUCGCUCGAUGCAUUAAGCCCUUUCUCAGCCAACAUUCUGGAUGACGACCUGCCACACUCAUUUCGGCCUGUCACUUACGAAUACUUGGGGACAACCGACCCUUUUGAGCAUCUCUGUCGCUUCAAUAACACUUCGGAUUUGCACCGAUUCACUGAGGGAGUGAAGUGUCGAGUCUUCGCGACUACGUUGGCGGGAGCCGCGCAAACCUGGUUCAGCCAGCUGCCUGCCGACACAAUCGGCGGUUUCGACCAGCUAAGCGCAUGUUUUAUGGAUCACUUCGCGAGCUCAAAAAAGCAAAGGAGGAGCACCUUGACUCUGUUCGCGGUCAGGCAAAGGGAAGGAGAGUACUUACGAAGUUUUAUCAAGCGUUUCAUCUCGGCGACCUUAGAGGUACCAAUUACCUCAGAGGAAGUUUUGAUUAGCGCUCUCGCACAAGGGCUGCGGGCUGGCGAUUUCUUCACUUCGCUCUCGAAAAAGCCUCUCGCAUCUUUUAAUGCUUUGUUGAAAAAGGCCGAGCGAUACAUGAACGCGGAGGAGGCAGUGCAUAAUAAAUUUGGCGAGGGCAAGGGCGGCCUAGAGGCAAAAAGGGAAAAGAAAGAGGAUAGAAUCUAUGCACCGCUAGUCGCACAACCAGGAGAGAUAUUGUUGGCCAUAGAGAAUAACCCAAAGUUAAAGUGGCCUCGCACGUAUGCAGAAGCCCCGAAGAGAAGCCCUACGCUAGGGAGUUUCUGCCGUUUUCAUAAUGAUUAUGGCCACACCACCAACGAAUGCCAGCACCUUCGUGACAAAAUCGAGAGGCUCAUACGCGCGAAGAAUCUGCCAGAAUUUGUGAAAGAAGGGAACCAGCGCCCACAGCAGUUCCCAGCUCGGCGUGCGAGCGAGCCCCGCAAACCUGAGCCGGGAAGGGAAAAGCUGAAUGAGAGGAAGGACCAGGUGGCGCCUGCCAACUUCAUCAGCAUGAUUUUGGGAGGACCUUCAGGGGGAGACUCCAUCAGGGCCCGGCGGGCGCACCUGAGACAGUUGCGAGAGACUGAGGAGUUAUUUGGAGAGAUAGAUGAGGCAGAUCGGGCAAGCCGUGCGCACCUCCGGCGCUUGUACGAGAUGGAAGCUCAGCUCGAGGAGGUGCAAAGAAUAUCUUACGUGCCGCCCAUUAUUUUCGGUCCCCAGGAUGAGGAAGGAAUCAGGCAGCCACAUUCUGACGCCCUUGUGAUUACUGCCAUGGUGGCCAAUUUCGAUAUCGCGAGGAUAUUAGUGGACACCGGCAGUUCCGCUGAUGUUAUCUACUAUGAUUGUUUCAGAAAGAUGAAUAUGGAUUUCGAGUUAAAGUAUGUAGAGACAAGCUUAGUCGGGUUCUUGGGAGAGUCGGUGCGGUCGGUCGGAGAGGUAUGCCUGCCCAUUUCUCUAGGAAUGGAGCCGGUGCGAGCAACACGAUCCGUGAAGUUUUUGGUACUGGAUGCGCCAUCCACCUACAACAUCAUAUUGGGGCGACCGUCCAUGAACUCAUUUCAAGCAGUAGUCUCAACUUACCACAUGAAGCUGAAAUUCCCUGUCUUAGAUCAAAUCGGGGAGGUCCGAGGGGAUCAAGAGACCUCGAGGAGGUGUUAUUAUGACGCCUUGAGAAGAAUAGGAAACAUAGAUACUAUUCGCAGUGUUUCCCCAGCUAGCUAG